GGUCGUGGUGCCUCGGGGGCGGGGCCUUCCGUCCCUCCCGCACGCCGAUAGGCUCCCGCCGUGUUCGAGGGGUGGGUCGUGGCGGGGCCGGGAGGGCCGGGGCCGUGACGGGCCAUGGGCAGCGUGCGCUGGGCUUUCCCCUGCGGGGCCUGGCGCCCCCGCCGCCGUGAGUGGCUGCUGGCCGCGCAGCUGGUGCAGCCCGAGGAGAAGGACCGCAUCGGCCAGUUUGUCUUUGCUCGCGAUGCCAAAGCCGCCUUGGCUGGUCGGCUGCUGAUGCGGAAAUUAAUUGCAGAAAAGAUGUGCAUACCUUGGAAUGAAGUACACUUGCAAAGGACAUCGAAAGGAAAACCUGUCCUGGCCAAUACCGUAGUCAAUAUCAAUUCGAAUUACAACUUCAAUAUUUCUCAUCAAGGAGAUUAUGCAGUCCUUGCAGCUGAGCCUGAGCUUCAAGUGGGCAUUGAUAUAAUGAAGACUAAUUUACCAGGUAGUAGCUCAGUUCCAAAUUUCUUUCACAUCAUGAAGCGACAGUUUACUGAGACAGAGUGGGAUGUAAUCAAGUCUAUGAGUAAUGAAUGGAUGCAGCUGGAUAUGUUUUAUCGGCACUGGGCCUUAAAGGAAAGCUUCAUAAAGGCUAUUGGAGUUGGAAUUGGCUUUAACUUGCAAAGAAUUGAGUUUAAUGUAUCCCCAUUGCAGCUGGAAGUAGGGCAGGUGUAUAAGGAGACAAAAAUGCUUCUGGAUGGAGAAAAAGAAGAGGAGUGGACAUUUGAGGAAACCCGGUUCGAUGACCAUCAUCAUGUUGCAGUGGCACUCGGGAAACAGACGGGAUUUCUGCAAAAGGAUUCUGAUUGUGCAGGUCUUCCCCCCUGGGCUUCAGGAGGGUCUCUGAGAGCUCUGAUAAUUCAAGGAAUUGGUAAGAAGUGUGAGUCAGGCCAAGCACUGCAAACCAGUCUAGCACCUGAGCUGGCAUCAAACAAGAUUUUGGAAGAGGAAGCUUUAAUUCUAAAGUCCUUGGAUCUCACACUGCUGUGUGCUACCUAUGGAGCUGGGGAAGGUGCAUCCAGUUUGACCACCUCAAGCUACCUUGUGACACUGUUUUCAGGCAGAAGUACAGUCACCCAGGUUCUUGCAGACAUGAUGCCCACUCUUUUUGAACAGCAGAGUUACAGUGGGGUUAUGUUGCUACUUUAGUUCAAUAAACAUAUGUAAUUUAUAUUUCUGAGACAGGACCUGAGAUUAUAAUGAGAUGAGGAAAGUGUAUGGAUUUAUGCCACAUGAGUCUGACUGGAAUUGUUUUCCUCUUCACAUGGGAACUGCAUCAAGUUAUCAGCUUCCUCUCAUGUAAAAUGGGGUGAUACAUUUCUAUUAUCCAGUGGUUUGAUUUGUUUAGUGCCUCAGAGCCCUUGGAUUCAAGCUUUUAAAGAGAUGAAAAAAUUCCAAAAAAUUGUUAUUCCAGUUGUGUCUAUGGGUUUUGGAAAGCCAUCAAUGGAUUUUGGAGGCUUUAGUAGCUUAAUGUUCAAGCAGAAAUCAGCAUAAUCCACUGUGAAGGUUCCUGAGUGCAUUCACACAUACUUACCACCAGCAGAAUAGAGUUUAACUAUGGACUAUGCCUGCAUGGAUACUGCUUUCUUUACCUCUAGCAGUGCAGGUAGAGCCAAAGAGCCAACUACACAGCCACUGGAAGCCCUCUGUGGUGCGCUGUGGCUCUGCUUCUUCUUUGGACCUUCCAGCCUGGAAUCGAGUCAAUUCAGACAAAAAUGUUCAAAUUAUCAGUUUGAUGGAAAUGGUGAAAUCACACAUAAGGUAGUUAUGCCUCCUCAUUGAGAUGGUAGAUCCUAGCCAAAAGACUGCAAAAAAACAGAUACCCCACCAAAAGAGUUCAAAAAAUAGGUAGGCCAACUGUGCAGCAAGUCAAGAAAGAGCACUGGUUUCCCAAGGUAUAUGUGAACACUCUGAUUGCAACAGCAACUUUUGAUGAGAUCAUUUCAUAUAAGGGGUGCAUAAAGUGUAAUUUUUUAGUCUUAAGCUAUUUAGAAGUUUUUCAGGAUAGAAUAAUUUCUCAUAGGUAUCAAAAUGUAGUAGAUAGCUGGAGGCCACACUGCUAAGCUGUGGGAAUUGGAUAAAUGUUCAUUUAAUGUGACAAGUGAAUAGUUUUAUGUUAGUUUAAUGCUUUCAAAAGAUUGUUAUAUAUUGUAGUUGCUUAUCAAUGAUUUAUGUUUUACAGCACAGGAACAGAAACAGUGACUAGCUUAAUUAUGCAUAAAAAGUAAAAUAAUAAUUUUAUUUUCUGCAUUGCAUAAUAAGUUGUCUAUCAUUUCCUCAUGAGAGAAAUAUAAAUACUUCCAUAUAUUUGAACACAUUUUCCAAUAAAUAUAAGCUGAGACUUUGCUUCCCUUCAAUCUUUGUCCAUUCAACAGAAUUAUGAGGUCCAAGAUACUUAUUAUGUCAUCUGUGAUAGAGAAUUGUGUAUCUGGAUAUUGACCUUCUGGCAACUGACUUGUAUUGGACAAUGAACAAAGAUGUAAUCAAAGCAGCACUUAAACUUGACAUAAAACUGGUUUGCUGCUUCUCUUCCACUAAAUAUGUAAGAUCUGCAUGGAAGCAUAAGAAAUGAAAAAGAUUGUGAUUGUGGGAAUAACAUGAAGCAAUCUAGGAAAAUAUUUUUGAAGUUUUAAAUUACCAGCCAGUUUUGAUAGAUUUUAAAUAUUGUGGGGCAGCUUCAAAAAGAUCUCAGGAACUGCCAUGUCUAAAAGCCAGAUGUAUGAACCUGUGGAGGAAAUCUACAACCCAGAAACCUUUAAAUAGCAUUCUCAACAGCAGAAAUUUUGGGCCCACAUGGACAUAAGCUGUGAAAGAAGAAGGAGUAUCUUCUCAUGCCUGCAGGAUGGACAACAGGGCAAUGUAUGAGCUGGAAUUCCACAAUUGUAGGUGACAAAGCCCAGCAGGCAGAGACUAGACUUUUUAUGCCUGCAACCACUUGAGAAAUAAGGGCAACAGACACAGAACAUCCCAAGGUACAUUGGGCACCCACUAAAUCUCAUUAACUGUUUUAGUCAAUGGGAUGAUGGUUUUGAAAUUCUGAAUUAUGUUAAUUUGGUAUUAUGUCUUUUUUUUUAAAUUCUUAAUGUUAUGUCUGACCAAGGAAGGAAAAUAUAAUAAGCUCUGUCUUUACUGAAUUCUGAUAAGAGCUGAGCAGUGUAUUAUGCAGAGACUGUGCUGUGUGGUGGCACCUAGAGAGAAACAGACUCAGACUCCUUGCAAUGUCUCAAGGCCUCUACAGCGAUGGACGCAAAAUUCAAUUUUUGAUGAAAGCAAAAUAAUGAAAAUGCACUGGCUCUGCUAGAAAAUACAUCAUUGCCACCCUUUGCUUCCCUCCCUUUAUUCUGCUAUAUGUCUAAUGUAAAGACACUACUCUACCUUCAGAUCUUCUCCCCCUAUUUCAGGGGUGGGGCACAGGCAGUUGCUGGUUGAGGGCUGAGCUGGAUAUGCAGCAGCAGGGCCCAGCUGUCACUGGACCUGGGGAGGUCAUUAGAUGGAAUCACACAAAAAUGGUGUCUACCCCUGCCUCUCUGGUAGCAGUGACAGCUGACUUACCUACCUAUGCCUGAAGGCAGCUGGAAUUUGUGUGAUCACUGAGCAGUGCUACAGCCAGGCAGGCAGAAACAUUUGGAAAACUUGAUAUGCAUGUGGGAUCAAGAGCUUGUGUUGGCAAUGAUGAUGGACCAUUUUUGCAAAUGCCUUACUAUCCUACAUUUACAGGAUCAGCAUCCAGGUUAGCCUGUGGUUAGUCCUACCUGAAUGCGACAAAGAGAGCAGGCAGAGAGAUGUGAAACAAGCAGGAGAGUUUGCAGUUGAUGCAUCCAGGUAAUUGUUCUGUAGUCACUGAUUGAAAGAUGGGCCAGGAAAGAGUCAGACCCAUGUGUGUGAGCUGCAGUACUAUAUGGGAGCAAAUGAGAUUUUCUCCUCUUUGGUUCCAGGCACAGUAAAUCUCCAGAAAAUUCAGACAGCAGAGUUCACUCAUCACCUUCUUUUUUUACCCUCUCUGUGACUUGUCUCAGCAGUUGCAAAAAGAAACAAUUUUAAAACUGAACCAAGGCUUCUGCUUUAGUUUUUGUUUUGGACUCACACAGGCUUAUCCUCUCCCUAUGUCAGAUAUAAUCAUAAAAAUGUUAGAGAAGCACAAAUAGUGUUUCAGAAUGCUUUCUGGAGAAAAGCCUUUCCUAGUUUCUCUUCUCUGUUCUGUAUAUUAUAUUCCAUAUAUAUGAUUACUUUUUGGUUUCUGGGGUUUUUUCAUGAUAUUAUUUUCUUUAAAAAGUUGUGUCAUUUCAGUUUGAGCAGAACAGUUGUCCUCUCCAGCUUUCAUUACUUCAAUGUCAUAUAUUUUAUUCUUAAAUUUGAAACAACUUACAGCAUAUGAUAAAGGAAUAAGAAAAACUAUUUGAAUAAAUCAGCCUGGGCUGAGCAGCCUUUAAAAUGAUCCUAAAUGCCAAUAUAAGUUAACCCUUGAAUUGUCUCUAUAAUGUAGUUAUUAUUUUAAAUCUUGCAGGAGAACACAUUUGUGGUGCUAUUGCCAUACAGCUUGCAAAUUUUGAUGGAUGUAAAUGAGACUGAUUUACCCUGGA